AUUUAUCACAAAAAAGUUUCAUAGGCCAAUCUCUAACAUUUGCCACACAAGAAGUUUUGUUAUGUUUUGUUUUGUUUUGGGUUUCAACAUUGUAUGAUCUGUCUCAGUUUGACCUCAUGAUUCAUGUCUUCUUCACCAAGGCCUCUAACAAAAGAAAAUCUCAAUUCUCCAUCACAGUAUUGGUUUUGAAUUGAAAAUUUUCACCUCGAUGGAUCCACGUUUCGAGUUCAAUUUCAUCAACGGUUUUAAACCUAACCAAGUGCCCGACACGGUGGUUGUAGAGGAUCAGUUCCUUGUCCCUGUUAAUGGGAUGAUGAGACCCUUUGAGUUUGGAUUCAGGGAUAACUCGUUAGUUCUUCCACCUGAUCCAAACGUUGCACAGAACCAUGUUUCAUUUGCCACCGACGAGGAGUCUCCACUGGACGAGAUUGAUUUUUCUGCUACUGUCUUACGCUACAUAAACCAAAUGCUUAUGGAAGAGGACUUGGAGGCGAAGUCGUGUAUGUUUCAUGAUUCCUUGGCUCUCCAAGCUGCUGAGAAAUCAUUCUAUGAGGCCAUUGGUGAGACACACCCUUCUUCAAUAAAAACCUAUCACAACGUGGACAGCCCUGAGGACAGUGGUUUCAGUGAUUAUGGCAGCAGUGGUACAGCCACUAGCAAUGGUAACUCGAUUGAGUCCCAUUGGGGUAACUUUGAUCUUACUGACUAUAAGCCUUCCAUACUGCAAACCACUUUUCCCACUGACUUUGUUUUCCAGGCCAGUUCGAUCCAAUCUUCUAUGAACACCACAAACAACUUCAGUGUUACCGAUAGUGGAUUCUUGCAUAGUUCCACUGCGGCUGGAUGUUUGGAUCCAACCUUGUUUAGCAAGAGUGAAUCUGUUCUGCAAUUUGAGAGGGGUGUGGAGGAAGCCAAUAAGUUCCUACCUAAAGUGAAUCCUUUGGUUGUUGACUUGGAGAACCCCUCUUUGAGGAAGGUUCCACCUAUCCAAGAGGAAAUUAAGGCAGAGAGAGAUGAAAUUUUUGCUGAGUUCAGAGGAAGGAAGAAUCACGGGCGGGAAGAUGAAGAAUCAGAUUCGCAAGAUGGGAGAAGCAACAAGCAGUCUGCUGUGUACAUUGAUGACAGUGAGAUAUCAGAAUUGCUUGAUAAGGUUCUGCUUGGCAAUGGAUGCAGAAAGGAGCCAGCUCCUUUGUGUAUUUGUUUCGCAGACCUUCCUAAUGGAGCAUCCUCGAGUUCACAGAAAAAAUUAGAAGAAACAAACAAGUCUGGUGGUGGGAAGAGCCGUGUUAAGAAGCAAGGCAACACAAAAGGAGUUGUGGAUCUGAGGACAUUGUUGAUUCUAUGUGCACAAGCUGUUUCUUCUGAUGAUCGUGUGUCUGCUAAUGAAUUGCUGAAGCAGAUAAGGCAACAUACUUCUCCGCUGGGUGAGGGGACUCAGAGGCUGGCCCAUUGCUUUGCAAAUGCUCUUGAAGCACGCUUGGCUGGGACAGGCACUCAGAUUUAUACUGCUUUAUCAUACAAAAGAACCUCUGCAGCAGACAUGGUGAAAGCUUACCAAAUGUAUAUUUCGGCUUGUCCAUUCAAGAAGCUAUCAAUCAUUUUUGCAAACCAUACAAUUUUGCAGCUAGCCAUGGAAGUUGAAUCUCUUCACAUUAUAGACUUUGGCAUCCGUUAUGGCUUCCAGUGGCCAGCUCUUAUUUAUCGUCUAUCAAAACGAGUUGGUGGGCCUCCCAAGCUGCGGAUAACAGGGAUAGAACUCCCACAACCUGGUUUCAGGCCAGCAGAGAGAGUCCAGCAGACGGGACUUCGCCUUGCAAGAUACUGUGAUCGCUUUAAAGUUCCAUUCGAGUUCAAUGCCAUUGCACAGAAAUGGGAAACCAUCAGAGUUGAGGACUUGAAGAUAAAGGAAAAUGAACUUCUUGCAGUGAAUUCUAUGUUUAGAUUUCAGAAUCUACUUGAUGAGACAGUUGUGUUAAAUAGUCCCCGGGAUGCUGUUUUAAGUUUAAUAAGGAAGGCAAAUCCCACUAUCUUUAUACACGGUACUGUCAAUGGGAGCUACAAUGCUCCAUUCUUUGUAACACGGUUCCGGGAGGCCCUUUUCCACUAUUCUACUUUGUUUGAUGUGCUUGAUACUAAUGUGAGUCGUGAAGAUCCAAUGAGGUUGAUGUUUGAGAAAGAGUUCUUUGGUCGGAGGGUAAUGAAUGCUUUAGCUUGUGAGGGUUGUGAGAGGGUUGAGAGGCCCGAGACAUACAAGCAAUGGCAGGUUAGGAACACGAGAGCUGGAUUUAGGCAACUGCCCUUGGAUAAACAUCUCAUCAACAAAUUAAGAUCCAAGUUGAAAGAUAUUUACCACAGUGAUUUCAUGCUUCUUGAAGAUGCCAACUUUAUGCUGCAAGGUUGGAAGGGCAGAGUAGUUUAUGCUUCAUCUUGUUGGGUGCCUGCAUAGGCCUUGACAGUGAUCUUCUCAGGGUAGUUUAUUAGGAGCAAUGUUUCAUGUGUUUGUAGGGUAGACAUGGACUUCCAGAAGUUUAUUUAUAUGGCUUAAACUUCUCUUAUUCUAGAAGCUUAUCCCUGCUAAUGGAAUGACACAAGUUCUCAGAAUAGUUUUAAUUGAUCAA